AUGGAAGUAGAAUUCAUUAAUUUAGAUCAUUACAAAAUUUAAAGCGAGUAUUUACUUUAAACCGAAGAAGAAUUUCUAGAUAAAUUUAAAAGACAGUGCUUCUAAUCAAAUGAAAAUUAUCUUUGUUACAAUACAUCGCCAUCUAGUAACUAAAAAUACCCUGAUUAGUAGUUAACAAUGAUUCCUCUUAAAAAAUCAAAUGGAAUAAAAAAAAUAAAAUAAAAGCAUAAAAACAAGCAAUUUAUCAUUAAAGAAAUUGCAAGUUGUCAGAGCGAUAUGCAUUUAUCUACAGGUUUGAUUCUUAGCAGCUAGGGAAUUCUUAAAUUUGGUUUUUCUUUAGGAAAUGUUAGUUUUGGUUAUGCAUAAACCUAAUUAACUAAUUUUCUGUAAAAUAACUAAAUUUUUUAGAUCAUUGUCCAAAAUGUAGAUUAAAAACCAAGAAUAUCUAUAGAAUAAGCCUUAGAAUAUAUUCAGCAUACUCCUUGUAAAAUGAUUUAGGAAGCAAAUAUUGCACUUGUUAAAUAUAAACAAGUUUAGAGAUUCCUUAUAAACUCAGUAGAAUCUGUAGAGUUAAAUAAAGAGUUAAUAUAAUUUUAAAAUGAAGAGUUUCAAAAACAUAUAGAUUCAUGUAUUGAAUAUAUUAAAAAAUACUCUAAAGAGAACGAAAAUUAAAUGUUUUAGUAUUCAAUUGGUAGAAUCAACUUUUAGAAAAAAGAUGUAGAAAUGGUACAAGCAGGUUACUCUAAGUCUUUUUUAGAGUUAAUUGGGGUUAAUGAGUAGAGCUUAAGUUCAAUGUUAUUGAGAAAUUAAAAGAUAGAGUUAAUCAAAGAUUAGGAUGAAAUAAUGAGACAAUCAUUAAUUGGUUUAACAAAACAUUGCUAGUUACAAAAAGAAGUAAAAAUAUCUAUUAAAAUAAAUACUUUUGAUGGAUUUGAUAUUGUGCUUCAUUAAACAAAGAAACAAGCUUCACCUUUAUAUAAAGCUAAAAAAAUAUCUAAUUUACCUUUUGAAUAUAUUUUCUCAAUAGCUGAGAUAGAUGUUGAUUUAGAAGAUCUUAAAAAUCUAAUUAGCUAUAGACAAAAAAUUUUAUCAAACAAAAUGGAUCUUACCUUUGAUGAGUUUAUUAAUAAAGAGCUCUCUCUUUUUUUCGAAGAUGUUGAAUAUUCAGUCUAUUCUUAGUCAUUUGUUGAAAAAUAUUACUAAAAAAAUUUAAAAGAUCUAUAAAAAAUAGAAGAAACUAAAAUAAAAGUCAAAAACCAAUAAAGGUGUGGCUAUAAAGCAUAAUCUUCUUCAUCUGAAUAAAUUUAAAUUAUAUCAAAAUGA